UCAUUCAUCAAGGAAACCAACAAGAUACUACUGUUUAAGUGUUUAAACUAUUCUAUCAACCAGUUCUUUUGUUUUCUAACGAAAUCAGUCCUAGGAAAGAUAGUCAUUGCCUGUAUUCCGUAGCUUAUGCUUAUCUCGUUAAUCUUUAGGCAGUUCUCUUCGUACGAUGGCAUCAAGUCAUCGUGUAAGAGAUCUUCAAUGGGUUCUGCAAGCGAUGAAUUCUGGAAGUCUCAACCUGCACAGCAUCUCCUUCUACCUAUCUCAACCAACUUCAGGUUGUCACCAAGAAACAGAAAACUCUGUAAACAUAAAUAUUUCGAAUGACAGUCUGCAAUACUUUGGUCGCCUGCUUGCCAUUCUUGGAUCAGCUGAAAACUCAAGUUCUUUGAGAAAUUUGGAGUUCCACGACGUUGAAUGGGAGUUACAGCAAGUAAGAAACCUUGGUUUGUCACUUGAGAAUUCCUCAAAUAUUAAGCUGCUGGUGUUUCGAAGAAAUAGGUUCGACAUGGAAUGCUUAUCAGGGCUAUCAGACAUUAUAAGAAAGAAUGGAGUCAUCAAAGAAAUCAUGCUUUCUGAAUCAAGAAUUGGACCAAUUGGAGCCACCCUGCUUGCUUCGGCACUUAAGGUAAAUGGCAGCUUAGAAGAGUUGCAGAUAUGGGAAGACUCAAUUGGAUCCAGAGGGGCGGAGGAACUGUCUAAAAUGAUUGAAGCGAACUCAACUCUGAAGCUGCUGACAAUUUUUGACUUCAAGGCAUUCACAGCAACACCACUAAUUUCAGCAGUUUUAGCGAGGAACAGAUCCAUGGAAGUUCACAUUUGGAGUGGAGACAGUCGUGAAAAAAGUUUCAAGGUGGUUGAGUUUGUGCCUGAGAAUAGCACACUUCGUAUUUACCGCCUUGGUGUUUCAGGUGCUUGCAGGGUUGCUUGUGCUUUGGGGUGCAAUUCAACUGUGAGAUCACUUGACUUGACUGGUGUCAGGCUGAAGUCGCGGUGGGCAAAAGAAUUCCGAUGGGUGUUGGAACAGAACCGAAGCCUCAGAGAGGUUAAUUUGUCAAAAACAUGCCUGAAGGACAAGGGAAUUAUCUACGUUGCAGCUGGACUCUUCAAAAACCAGAGUUUGAAUAGUUUGUAUCUUGAUGGAAACUGGUUUGGAGGAAUUGGUGUAGAACAUUUACUUUGCCCUUUGAGCAGGUUCUCUUCACUGCAAAAUCAGGCAAAUAUUACUCUGAAGUCACUGACUUUUGGGGGAGGUAGAACAAAAAUUGGCAAGGAUGGGCUAGCAGCAAUAGUACAGAUGACAACCACCAACCAGACUUUGACCAGAUUAGGAAUAUAUGAUGAUCAGAGUUUAAGGCCAGAUGACAUUAUCAGAAUCUUCAAGUGUUUGGAGAGGAAUGCCAGUCUAAGGUGCUUGUCUUUAAAAGGUUGCAGAGGAGUGGAUGGUGACCUGGUGCUGCAAACUAUAAUGGGAACAUUACAGGUGAAUCCUUGGAUUGAGGAUGUUGAUCUUGAAAGAACGCCUCUGCACAACAGUGGCAAGGCAGAAGCAGUUUAUCAAAGGCUGGGUCAGAGUGAGAGAACAGAACCAGUACCGGACAUCGAUUUGCUAAAGGAUAUGCAAAUGACAGCACCCAAGAGCUGUAGGGUCUUCAUCUGUGGGCAAGAAAAUGCUGGUAAAACGACGCUGUGCACUUCCAUUCACCAGCAUUUUUCUUCGAGAAAGUUGCCAUACCUGAACCAAGUAAGAACUCUGGUAACGCCGGUUGAGCAAGCCAUUAGACCAGUCGGAAUAAAAAUAACAACAUUCAAAGAUGAAGACACAAAGAUCUCAAUGUGGAACCUUGCUGGGCAGCAUGAGUUUUAUUCACUCCAUGAUCUAAUGUUUCCCGGGCAUGGAAGUGCAUCCUUUUUCCUCAUCACUUCCAGCUUAUUUAGGAAACCAAAUAACCGGGAACCAAAGAAUUCAAGUGAAAUAGAAGAAGAUAUCUUGUACUGGCUGAGAUUUAUAGUGUCUAACUCAAGAAGAGCUGUGCAGCAAUGCAUGCUACCAAGUGUAACUGUGGUGCUCACACACUAUGACAAAAUCAGUCAAACUUCGCAGAACAUGCAGCACACUGUGAAUUUAAUUCAGAGACUAAGAGAUAAGUUUCAAGGUUAUGUUGAAUUCUAUCCAACUAUAUUUACAGUUGAUGCAAGAGCAUCUGCAUCAGUGAGUAAAUUAGCUCAUCACCUCCUAAAGACGAGUAAAACAGUUCUUGAAAGAGUCCCUAGGGUUUACGAGCUCUGCAAUGACCUUGUGGAAAUACUUUCAAAGUGGAGACAGGAGAAUCACAAUAAGCCAGCAAUGAAGUGGAAAGAGUUUGGUGAUCUAUGCCAAGUCAAGGUUCCGUACCUAAGGAUUCAAUCCAGACAUGAUAACAAGGAGAAAGUGGAAAUGAAAAGAAGAGCUGUUGCUGUCUGUCUUCAUCAUAUAGGUGAAGUGAUUUACUUCGAGGAACUUGGAUUCCUUAUUUUAGAUUGUGAGUGGUUUUGUAGUGAUGUACUUAGUCAGCUAAUCAGAUUAGACAGCAGCAAGCCGAGCUCAUUGGAGAAUAAAGGAUUCAUAAGCAGAGAAGUGCUUGAGAAGAUUUUAAGAGGCAGCUUACUUAGCCAGAUUCCUGGAAUUGGCUCAAAGGUUUUUGAGAAUCUGGAAGCUAGUGAUCUUGUGAAAAUGAUGCUUAAAUUGGAACUAUGUUAUCAGCAAGACCAAUCAGAUCCCAACUCAUUGUUGCUCAUACCCUCUAUCCUAGAUGAAGGAAGGUGGAGAGCACAAAGAUGGCAAGUAAACACACCUGAUUGCAUUUAUGCAGGCAGACAUCUCGAGUGCGAUGACUCGAGUCAUAUGUUUCUCACCCCAGGCUUCUUCCCCCGCUUGCAGGUACAUUUGCACAACAGGAUAAUGAAGGACCAUCAUGGAGCAACGUAUAGCAUUGAGAAAUACCUCAUUUCGAUGAGCAUCAAUGGCAUCUAUGUACGCAUAGAGCUUGGAGGGCAGCUGGGUUACUAUAUUGAUGUGCUCGCUUGCUCCACAAAACACCUAACAGAAACACUCAGACUUUUCCAACAGCUGAUAAUACCAGCAAUUCAGAGUCUCUGCCAUGGAGUCACAUUGACUGAAAAUGUUCUUCGGCCAGAAUGUAUCAGAAAUCUAAUACCCCCCAGAUACAGGAAAGACCAAUUCGUGCCUCUGCAGCAGCUAAAACAAGCACUGCUCUCGGUUCCUGCAGACAGCAUGUAUGACUAUCAGCACACAUGGGGUCCAGUAGCUGAUUCUGGAAAAUCCAUUCUGGGUUCAGGGUUUGAUUAUGCUCGAGAUCUUCUAUCAGAUGAUGACUUCCGUGAGGUACUUCAUUGUAGGUACAAUGACCUACACAACCUUGCUGUGGAACUUCAAGUCCCGAAUGAAAACAACACAGAUGACUCGGAUCAGUCCUCAAUUACCAGUGAAGGAGCUAAUGCCACUGUUGAACCCACAUUUGCUGGAAUUGCCAAGGGGGUAGAAUUAGUUUUGGAGAGACUUAAGAUCAUUGAACAAGAAAUACGAGAUGUAAAACAGGAAAUUCAAGGCUUGAGAUACUAUGAACACAGGCUUCUAAUAGAGCUGCGUCGCAAAGUAAACUACCUUGUGAACUACAACAUUCAAGUUGAAGAAAGAAAAGUGCCGAAUCUAUUCUAUUUUGUCCAGACUGAGAAUUACUCAAGGAGAUUGGUCACUACCAUCUUUUCUGGGAUGACUGCACUUAGACUGCACAUGUUAUGUGAAUUCCGACGAGAGAUGCACGUGGUAGAAGAUCAGAUUGGAUGUGAAAUGAUGCAGGUCGAUAACAGGGCACUGAAAUGUCUAGCUCCUCAUAUGAAAAAUUUCAUGAAACUCUUAACGUUUGCUCUAAAGAUUGGAGCCCAUUUAGCAGCAGGAAUGGGACAACUGAUACCAGAUUUGAGCAAGGAAAUCUCGCAUCUGGUUGACUCUCCCAUGCUUUAUGGGGGUGCCAGUGCAGCCGCUGCUGGAAUUGCGGGUGCUGCCGCACUUGGAGGGAGACACAGAAAUAACAGCUCAAGGGACGUUCAGCAAGAUCUUAGGGCAGCACAGCAAUGGGUCGUGGAUUUCUUAAGGGAUCGAAGGUGUUCAACUGGAAAAGAAAUUGCAGAGAAGUUUGGACUAUGGCGAGUUAGAUACCGGGAUGAUGGUCAAAUUGCAUGGGUUUGUAGAAGGCAUUUACACUCCAGAGCAAAUGAAAUAAUUGAAGUACCAAUUUAAAAUUUGUACAUCAGUUAGCAUGCAACAAUUCCUUUUCUUUUUUCCCAUGUUAGCAAUUGGAUUUUCCUUUUCCUACCAGCAUAAUUUGUCAUCCAUUGCAGGCGCAGUGUGUACAUUAAAGUCGUCCAUCACCUAGCUUCAGCUGCCAGAAGAGGCUGGAUCCUAUUGGCUAUUAAACAUUGAUGUGUUAAUAAUCAUUAUCA